AUGUCGCUUGGUCGAACCAUGCUCGAGCCUCGUGCCUUCCCCCCGCAUGACAGCGUUCUAGAGUAUGUGCUGUGCGCUGCGUACCAGCAAGACCACGUACCAGUUCUGGUCGCCACUGCCGUGCGCAAGACAUCGGACGUGUUGCCGCGGGCCCUCCCUUCGCUGUUGUUCUUCGACCAACAAAGCAUCAUGGUCAUUCUGGACUGGCCCGUCAGGAACAGGCUGCGGACAAAUUCACUGCGCUCGAACCUGAACGACGUACUUCGACCGGGAGCGCGGAGCCGAGGCGCGCCCCUACCUGGAUCGCUUCGAGGGGCGGCGUGGGACGAGUCGAGAACCUCUCGCUUGCAUCGAUCAGAAGCGCCGCCGCGUCUUCCGCGUCGACACCGGCAUUUCAAUGCCUCGGUCGGCAGCGCCAGGUCUUGGCAGCGCUCUCCACUUCCACUCUCGCAACAGCUCCCCAUGUCCCUCCGCGUGCCCAAUCGACACGCCGAAGUGGCGUACGGCGAUAGCAUGGUCGAACGAGCCUCGAUAACGCGUCGAGGUCAUCAGCCAGCGUCGACCUCAAAUGGCGGCGGCCGGGGACGUUGCGUCCAUGACACUGCCAUCUGGGGUAUAGCACCGCUCGGCCCCCCGCCCAAAGACCAUAUUUGCACGCGGCGCGACAAGCGAGAGUCGGUUAUCAGGCUGCCCUGGCCGGAUCAGGACGUCAUGGUGGAUAAUGCAGUUGACCGAAGUCGCUUGGACUUUAGCGAGCCCGCUCCCGCACAGCCGCAAGCCCCAAGCCCCAAGCCCCACGUCCCAAGCCGCAAACCCGCAAGCCGCGCGCCGAGUUGA